GAUUGCAACUUGAAGAUACUUCCUUUUUCGAUCACUUCGAAACUCUCAGAACAGCUCUGUUCUCACGGGAUAUUGACAGGCACAAGUUUCUCUACAAAGACCUAAAAAGUAUAGGUUCAUAAGCCUAACUCUGGUCCAGUUUAACUGUAUUUCAUGCUCUCAAUAACGUGUUCGAUGAAAUGAUUGUAUGAUUUUAUCUACAUAAAGAGGCCGGGCUGUUGCUCCUUUCAAGCUUCAUCUGAAGAAUAGUAUUGGUUUUGAGAAAUUUGAGAUACCCUUUUGCAAGAUCUCUGUAAUGGGUGGCCUAUUUUCAAAUGGAAAAUUCAUUCUUGGCAUUGUUUUUGCACUCUGGAGAAUGUGUUCAGCAAAAGAAACUCCUGCUAAUUUUGUGUUUGGCGAUUCUCUAGUUGAAGUGGGGAACAACAACUAUAUUGUGACUCUCUCCAAGGCUGAUUAUCCUCCCAAUGGAAUCGAUUUUGGAAAGCCUACCGGGAGAUACACAAAUGGAAGAACCAUCAUUGACAUUAUAGGUCAGACUCUUGGUUUUAAGGGGUUCACUCCUCCUUACUUAGCUCCCACAACAGCUGGACCAGUAAUUCUGAGUGGUGUUAACUAUGCUUCAGGUGGAGGUGGAAUUCUUAAUGAAACAGGAAAAAUAUUUGUUGGUAGAAUAAACUUGGAUGCACAGAUAGAUAACUUUGCAAAUACCAGGCAAGACAUUAUCUCAAGAAUCGAUCUUCCUGCAGCUCUAAAGUUACUUAGAAGAGCUCUGUUCUCAGUAACAAUCGGCUCGAAUGAUUUCAUCAAUAACUACUUGGCGCCAAUUAUAUCUGAGACGGAGAGGAAGUCGAUACCUCCGGAAACCUUUGUUGGCAUUUUGAUCGCAAGACUCAGACUACAAAUUACAAGACUGUACAAUUUGGGUGCAAGGAAGAUGGUUGUGGUAAAUGUAGGACCUAUUGGGUGUAUACCUUAUCAGAGGGAAGUAAAUCAAGCUGAUCCAGAGAGCUGUGUGGAAUUUUCGAAUCAACUAGCACGGUCAUUCAAUGCCAAGCUCAGGACCCUUGUCACCGAGCUAAACAAGAACCUUCCUACGGCCAAUUUUGUUUAUGCAGAUGUUUAUAGUAUUGUGGAAGACAUUAUUGAGAACUACAUAUCAUAUGGUUUCGAGAAUGCAAACUCUGCAUGCUGCAGAGUAGCAGGGCGCUACGGGGGUCUAAUUCCAUGCGGUCCUCAGCCAUCAAAAGUUUGCGUGGACCGGUCGAAGUAUGUGUUUUGGGAUGCUUACCAUCCUUCUGAUGCUUCUAAUAUGAUCAUAGCAAGGCGUCUCUUGUAUGGGAACUCCUGUGAUAUUUCACCCAUGAAUGUAGUGCAACUUCUCCAAGCUUCUUGAUCUGCACUCAAAUGGUGGUUGGUUCAUAAAACAUAGAGCGUUGUUUAUAGAGUAGUAGCAACGUUGCAGCUGGAGAGAAUGGAAAGUUGCAAGUGUAAGAAAUGCCUAAAAGGGUCUAAUUAUGGUUCGACUAUUUGUUGUAAUAAGCCACAUUAUCUCUCUGUUCGAAAUUUUUUCUUUUUAACAGGUCUGGUUCAACUUUUUUUUUUUUUGGUGUAAAGUCUGGUUCAUUCAACUUUACAUGUUCUGAAGUUUAACCCAAAAUA